AAACCCAAGAAGAUGUCAUUGGAAAUAACAGCAAACAAAUUCUUCACCACUAUAGGGUCCAACCCAAACACAAUCCAAGCCCCUGAGACAACCAUCUUCUUCAUCUCCGGAAACCCGGGGUUGAUCGGCUACUACCACCCAUUUUUAUCCCUAUUGUCAAGAUAUCUCACAUCAGAGAACAUCGCUGAAAGUGAAAAUGGAGGUACACAUCCCUCAUUCCGGAUCUACGGCUGUUCUCUCGGCGGGUUUGAAAUCAAUGAUACAAAGACAAAGACAAAAUGUCAACCCAAUGUGUCAGAUUUAGACCUUGAAGAUCAGAUCCGUUUCAUGCAGGAGAAACUCACUGCCCUUAUGGAAGAACAGCCCAAUUUCAGCUCAGUUGGGAAAAAGCGGAAGGUCAUUCUAAUCGGACACUCUGUUGGUGCAUAUAUCGCCAUGGAAAUCUUACGCCGGCACCGCGAGGCUACAGCUAGUUCCGACCCUCAAGAUGAAGACAGAGAAGAAUUCGAUAUCAUCGGUGGUGCAAUGCUUUUCCCUACUGUGGUUGAUAUUGCAGCUUCAUCCUCUGGACGGAAAUUGACGACUCUCUUAUCAAUCAUCCCUCGGUUCGCCGCUGUCAUUGGUUUCUUCGCAAGAUUACUCACGUUGCUGCUCCCGACAUCUAUUCUGCGUGCCUUGGUGCGCUUUGUGAUGAAUAAUCCCCCAGUUCAUGCAUUGGAUGCGACUUGUUCAUUCCUAGAAAGUAGUGGUGGGGUGAGGCAGGCUUUACAUAUGGCCGCUGAUGAAAUGCGCACUAUCACGUCUGAUAAAUGGAACGACGAUGUUUGGGGUGUUGCAACGGCGCAUGAGCCUCUGAACAAAUUGUUCUUCUACUUUGGUCGAAAGGAUCAUUGGGUUGCUGAUCAGACGAGGGAUGAGAUUAUUGCUGUUCGGGGAUGCGAGGAAGGACGUGGACCGACUAUGUUGGUUUGUGAAGAGGACCUACCGCAUGCUUUUUGUUUGAAACACAGUGAUACUAUGGCCCGUAAGACGGCGGGGAUGAUUACAGAGAUUAUGGGAUGA